CUUAGAACCCUUUCCAAAGAAAAUACAACAAAAACAAACCUACACACAUCACUAAUCACAAUGGAAUACCGGUGCUCGAGAAGAUUAACAACCCAAAUUUUCGCGUUAUUCUGUAUAGUUGUCUUAAAUGCACACACAACGUACGCCUCUCUUUGGUCAAAUCUUAACAAAGAAGCUGCCCCCCAACAGUCACUGCCAAGAUGUAACGGUGCUAAAGGUCUGAAAUAUUUAUCCGGAGAUGCAUUAACAGAUUCAAUGGAUUGCAUAGGUCCCAAUAAUGCUCCAUAUCCAAGUGCGGCAGUGGCGCGGACAUUUGCCAAUUGGAACGGAAAUACAAGACGUGGCCGCCAAACCAAAUUACCCACAACAUUAGAUCCAUCGAUUACAACUAGUGCUCUGUUGAGGGCAUACAAUGAAGUCAACAAUGAUGAUAUUGAUAGUUUUAGAGUUG